AUUAAUCACGUUACAACCCGGAAGAAUUGCCUUUCUCUGAUUAACGUUUGAAUAGACAAGAAUGAGCAAUUUAUCUUAUGGAGAAACGAUUAAACGCGAUGCUGCUUACGUCGAAUAUACACUAAUAGUCACAUUUUUGCAUUAAUAUUUGGCUGGAUAGCUAGAAGCGGUCGAGUGUGAGCAGCAACGCCCUGAUGCCAGCCUCCCCGUCGGAGAAAAAUAGCCUCGCUCUGUUUACAAAUCGGCUGAGAGAAAUUGUUGCCCUGCAGCGUAUCGUUAGCUAAUCGGUUUUUAGACGAAGAAAACAUGGCUGAACUGCAUGUUGUGGAACCGAGCGGAACUGGCACCAUAGAGCAGACCGAGCACCGGGAUGUCAGAGGCUCCGUGCGCUUGGCUUCGCCCACCCUGAUGGUUCCGCCGCGGAGCAACCAGCUCAGUCCCGGGGUGUCGAGCAGCAGCAGCGGUCGCUCAGUGUUUGGGUUCCCGGUGAAGAGCAACCCCAGUUCCCCAUCUGAACCGGUAGACAAGCCGGGAUCACGCUGGGUUCGUCUCAACGUCGGCGGUACCUACUUCAUCACGACCAAGCAAACAUUGUGCAGAGACCCCAAAUCAUUCCUGUACCGACUGUGUCAAGAAGAUCCCGACCUGGACUCUGACAAAGAUGAGACAGGAGCCUACCUGAUCGACAGGGAUCCCACAUACUUUGGACCCAUACUGAAUUACCUUCGGCAUGGGAAACUGAUCAUGGAUAAAAAUCUGGCUGAGGAAGGUGUUCUUGAGGAAGCUGAGUUCUAUAACAUAGCUUCCCUGGUUAGGCUGGUUAAAGAGAGGAUACGGGAUAAUGAGAACCGGACAUCUCAGGGGCCUGUGAAGCAUGUUUAUCGAGUGCUACAGUGCCAAGAGGAGGAACUCACACAGAUGGUCUCUACCAUGUCAGACGGUUGGAAGUUUGAGCAGCUUAUAAGUAUUGGCUCCUCAUAUAACUAUGGCAACGAGGACCAGGCUGAGUUUCUAUGCGUAGUUUCCCGGGAACUCAACAACUCCACCAAUGGCAUUGUCAUCGAGCCCACUGAGAAGGCUAAGAUCCUUCAAGAGCGAGGCUCGCGGAUGUAAAGAGACCAGACCCUGAGCUAAAUAACACUUUAUCAACAAAAACAAAACAACCACAUGAACAUUUUCUCAAUGAGUUUACCCCCCCGACUCCAUCAUCAACCGCCAUCAUCAUCAACCCCUCCCCUCCUCUGGUGUGCCUUUCCACAGCGGGGGCUCCCCUGACGCCUCCCUCCUCCUGUGCUGCAACACAACCAUCACUUGUAUUCUGAUUUCUUCUCCUCCGUCACAGGCUGUGGACCGAUUCAUGGGGAGUUUAAAAGAGAUUACAAGUGAGCGGUGUUCCUCAUUGCAGCUAUUAUGGUCAGUGUCAUGGCAGUUCAGGCUACGGUGCUAGUUGUAGCCCCUUGUUUUUGUUAGUGGAAGGACGCACAGAGCUACGAUAAAUCAUCAUCAUCAUCCUUAUCAUCAUCACCGCACUUUUAUCUGAAAGGAUGCUACUUCUCUCUCAUAUGUUUGGCUACAUUAACUAAGCAGAAAUCUCCUCAGGACUCUUAAAGGACACAAAGGAAAGACAACAACUCCACUGACUGAGCCUCUUUCUUUACCUGAAUCCAAUAAUGGAAUGAGCGUGGGCCCCAGCGCACCAUGCCCUUCUCUGUACGCCCGCCCAGACUCCUCAGCUGGUGGUCAUGCAACAAGAAAAACUGAACUCAAGAGGCCAGGACGUCCAGAGGCGGAGCAUGCUGCAGAGUCACAUCGCUCUGUUUGAGCCAGCUGUUUGUCCACUCCCAUUUUUGCGAAACACCCUGGCUUCGUUCACCCCAGAGGUGGCGCUGCUGGGAAAUCUUGGAGUGUCACUCCUGCUUUCUUGGAGCUUCAGUUUGAAGGAGUCUUUUCUUCUCUCCCACCCCCCCACAGCCGUAAUCUUGGUAUUUCAGUGCAAAUGUAAACAAAUGACUCUAAAAGACUAAACUACACCUGUGUACAAUUUGUCAAGGCAUGUGAGGAAUCUAUAUAAAUCUAUAUAGGCUACAUGAUGAAAUUAUAUGAAAAAAAUGAAUGCAAAUGGUGUAAUUGUUGAUUUCUGUAUCAUAGUAGUCAUAUAUUUACAUAUAACAGUGAGUGAGUCUAUUUAAAUGACAGAAAAUACCAGUUUUAAUAACCUGUUUUCCUGAUGGUUUUUCACCCAGUGGUGAGGGUGUGAGGAUGUGUAUGCAGUGCCUCUCUGCUUUCUAUCCAUGACUGAAAUAUCAGAAAUCCUCAAGAUCUUUCAACUGCACGUUUUCUGUAGUGAUCCUCAAAAACUUCAGAUAUUCUUAAUCAUUUUUCUCUUUAACUAUACUACUUGGGUCUCUUGCAUAUCUUAAAAUUGUAAUUAGGGACAAGGAAAACUAUAGUUAUUGCCGUUUGUCCAGGGAAGUCGUCGGACUGUGGCCAGUCUGUAUGCUGCCUCAAAACAAAAACCUGAAGCACCCCUCUCUCCCCGGCCUUGUGCUAACGCUCAUGUCCUCUUCCACUCCCUUCGCAGCUGCCUCUGUUGCCAGCUCUCAACUUAACACAGCACACGCCCAAAUGAUUGUGUUGUCUUUUGUAGCACUUGUAGCAACUGUGGCACAAGCUAAACUGUGCUCCUCAUGCUUAACGCCCUGAAAUACCUGAGCCUACAUUAUCACAGAAAGUUACAAAAGUGAACUUCUCCAGAUGGGUGUCUCAGUUUUCUGAGCUUCAGUGGAAACUGAAAGGGAGGGAAGACUUUUAUCCCAGAUGUUAUGUGAGAUUUUUGUUUUCUGUGCCAACAGAUAGAUACUUGGCUGAAGUAUAUUUCUCUUAGAAUAUACUUACCAUUAAGUUGCCUUCUAUCUAUGUUAUCGGCUGUUAUUAUAUUUAUAGCAACGUUAUAGCAUUGUGUGACAUGCAUAUAUAAAAAGUUGUUUCCAGUUCUUUGUUGCUGCAGAAUUUAAUCAGUUCUAUGCAGACAAAAAUGAAUCAGCCUCUUUCUCUAAUGUGCAGAAUUAAACUAUUUGCAAUAUAUCCUUGUAACAGCAAAAUCUCUCUCAAGUGGAUGAUUGUGAAUAUAAUGUUGUUAUAAAUGUAAGUGCAGUUUUUUAGAGGCAACUUAAUGUGGGUUUGAGCCAUAUUUACACAUAUCAGAUGGAGAAUUGAAACUUCAUGUCACCCAUUGUGCAGAUUGAACUCUUACUCACAUUCUGACUGUGGAAUUAAUCAUUUUGCUCCCAAAAGCAAAGGAGCAUCCAAUCUUUAUGUGAUAUCAUCAACACCUAUCACUGGCAUUGAACACUUUGAUAAACCAUCCUUUGUAUAAAAAAAUAUAUUUGAUGCAAUUAUGUUAUAUCAGCAUGAACAAAAAGAAUGCGUUUCAAGAAUUAGAUGAAGAAGAAAAAAAAAUUAACCUUUACCUUUGUUGUUGUCAUGCUCUCUGGCCGUGUUCAGUCAGGCCUCAGAGCUCAAAUUUUGAUGUGACUUCUAUUUUUGUUCUUCUUGAGUGUGUGUUGUGCAGUUUUCUUCUACUAAUCAGAGCCGUGAGCAGACUGUGUGCUGCUAAAAAUGCCCAAACGUCUCAUUGAGGAGAGUGCUUUUCUCCCUUGUCUCUGGGCCUUUUCAAAGCACCUUGGGUGUUGUUUCCCUUCGUCUGUGUCCAGUGUUGUGCCUUUGACCUGUGUUGUGCACAGUUGUUCUCCCUUCUAUCAUACGGUGCCUCUCAUACCUUAAAAAAGCCACGAGGCACCCACCUGAGGUAUAAUAUAUAAAUGCGGUCUUUAGCUUGGUUUCUGUUGUUAGUGUUUCAGUGUGAGGCAAGCCAAACGAGUCCAUUGCUCACCAUGUAGUUUUUUUAUUUUAUUUUAUUUUUUAAUUAUAAAAAUAUUGCUGACCUUACCAGCUGCUUCCUCUGUGCCAAUGUUUCUUUUGAACUGAAUACACCUGACACUCCUGGAGACUCAAAAUGUUCUACCCUCUGCUUUUAUCUUAGUAAAACUCCAGCAGUGCACUUGGAUUUGACUACUCUCGCCAUGGCUUUAUGUUCUUGAGUUGCAUGUUUGUUUCAAGGCAAGCCGCCUGAGAUGAUCCCAUGUUUCUGACAUUUGUAAAACACCUUCAGAGCACUUAUAUGUCACCUUUGUGAGCCCAGUUUGAUCUUAUUUAUCACCUAGCUUAUAAAAACAAAAGGCGACCCUUUAUUUUUACUUUUCUCCUGCACUCUUUAGUCUACUGAAAUGUGCAAUGUUAACAAAUCUGCAAAAAAAUAUAUGUUUUGGCACGUGAAAACAUGAGAGCAUGCAUUGUUCUAGAGAUUAUGAUGUUGUGUACUGGAAUUUGUCUGACCUCUGUGUUAGUGCAAAGUGUAUGUGAUGCAUGGUGGGGGAGCAGAGGAAAGGCAUGGCUCUGUGGUAGGUGUAGAUUUCUUGUGUGGAACAGUUGGUCUACAACUAGACAUAUUAUCCAAUCACAAGGUCCAUUUCUUUGUUGUUUUUUUGUACCUUGUCAUGUUAAGAAAUGGCAAACUUUGAACACGACUUAACCAAAUUUACCAACCGAUUAGAUUUCAGAGCCCCUUACCCGGGUUUUAUAGAAUCCACCUACAGAUCUAUACGCAAAACAAAUGAAUUUUUUUUUUGUUGAUCCACGGAUCAUUUUGCCAGUUAAUCUGUAAACACCUGCAUGCGUUUGUGAACAUGCACACUUGUACACUCAUUUAGAUGUAUUGAAAAAAAUGUCAUCUAUUAACAGUUAUUUUGUCUUCAUUUAUCAACAGUAUUGAUGUCAAAUGUGAAUAUUGUCAAUGGAGACUGUGGAGAAAUGUUUGGAACCAUUUUGUCUGAUUGUUUGUUCACUUUUAUUUAUUUUAUAUUUUUGGAUUUUGUCUACCAAUGUUGUUUCUUUACAUGUAACAAUUUUAACAAAACCCAGUCUGGUUUUUAAUCAUAAAAUGUGUCUGUGUUUUAA